AAUCAUAUACUAACCCUACUGCCCCACCAAGACCAUCAACCACUACUUCGAGCACAUCCACUACCAGCACAGCCUCUACUACCAGCACUACCGUAACAUCUACUGCUACCACCGAAACAGCCUCUACUACCAGCACUACCAGCACAGCCUCUACCACCGGCACAGCCGUAACAUCUACUACCAGCACCACAUCGACACCUGAAGAAUCAUAUACUAACCCUACUGCCCCACCAAGACCAUCAACCACUACUUCGAGCACAUCCACUACCAGCACAGCCUCUACUACCAGCACUACCGUAACAUCUACUGCUACCACCAAAACAGCCUCUACUACCAGCACUACCGUAACAUCUACUGCUACCACCAAAACAGCCUCUACUACCAGCACAGCCGUAACAUCUACUGCUACCACCAAAACAGCCUCUACUACCAGCACUACCAGCACAGCCUCUACCACCGGCACAGCUGUAACAUCUACUACCAGCACCACAUCGACACCUGAAGAAUCAUAUACUAACCCUACUGCCCCACCAAGACCAUCAACCACUACGAGCCCAUCCACUACCAGCACAGCCUCUACUACCAGCACUACCGUAACAUCUACUGCUACCACCGAAACAGCCUCUACUACCAGCACUACCAGCACAGCCUCUACCACCGGCACAGCUGUAACAUCUACUACCAGCACCACAUCGACACCUGAAGAAUCAUAUACUAACCCUACGGCCCCACCAAGACCAUCAACCACUACUUCGAGCCCAUCCACUACCAGCACAGCGUCUACCACCGAAACAGCCUCUACCAGCACAGCCUCUACUACCAGCACAGCCAGCACAAGCUCUACUACCAAAAGAGCCUCCACUACCAGCACAGCCUCUACUACCAGUACUACCGUAACAUCUACUGCUACCACCAAAACAGCCUCUACUACCAGCACAGCCUCUACCACCGGCACAGCCGUAACAUCUACUACCAGCACCACCUCGACACCUGAAGAAUCAUAUACUAACCCUACUGCCCCACCAAGACCAUCAACCACUACUUCGAGCACAUCCACUACCAGCACAGCGUCUACCACCGAAACAGCCUCUACCAGCACAGCCUCUACUACCAGCACAGCCAGCACAAGCUCUACCACCAAAAGAGCCUCCACUACCAGCACAGCCUCUACUACCACCUCUACUACCACCACUACCAGCACAGCCUCUACCACCGGCACAGCCGUAACAUCUACUACCAGCACCACAUCGACACCUGAAGAAUCAUAUACUAACCCUACUGCCCCACCAAGACCAUCAACCACUACUUCGAGCCCAUCCACUACCAGCACUACCGUAACAUCUACUGCUACCACCAAAACAGCCUCUACUACCAGUACUACCGUAACAUCUACUGCUACCACCAAAACAGCCUCUACUACCAGCACUACCAGCACUACCAGCACUAACAGCACUACCAGCACAGCCUCUACCACCGGCACAGCCGUAACAUCUACUACCAGCACCACAUCGACACCUGAAGAAUCAUAUACUAACCCUACUGCCCCACCAAGACCAUCAACCACUACUUCGAGCACAUCCACUACCAGCACAGCCUCUACUACCAGCACUACCGUAACAUCUACUGCUACCACCGAAACAGCCUCUACUACCAGCACUACCAGCACAGCCUCUACCACCGGCACAGCCGUAACAUCUACUACCAGCACCACAUCGACACCUGAAGAAUCAUAUACUAACCCUACUGCCCCACCAAGACCAUCAACCACUACUUCGAGCACAUCCACUACCAGCACAGCCUCUACUACCAGCACUACCGUAACAUCUACUGCUACCACCAAAACAGCCUCUACUACCAGCACUACCGUAACAUCUACUGCUACCACCAAAACAGCCUCUACUACCAGCACAGCCGUAACAUCUACUGCUACCACCAAAACAGCCUCUACUACCAGCACUACCAGCACAGCCUCUACCACCGGCACAGCUGUAACAUCUACUACCAGCACCACAUCGACACCUGAAGAAUCAUAUACUAACCCUACUGCCCCACCAAGACCAUCAACCACUACGAGCCCAUCCACUACCAGCACAGCCUCUACUACCAGCACUACCGUAACAUCUACUGCUACCACCGAAACAGCCUCUACUACCAGCACUACCAGCACAGCCUCUACCACCGGCACAGCUGUAACAUCUACUACCAGCACCACAUCGACACCUGAAGAAUCAUAUACUAACCCUACGGCCCCACCAAGACCAUCAACCACUACUUCGAGCCCAUCCACUACCAGCACAGCGUCUACCACCGAAACAGCCUCUACCAGCACAGCCUCUACUACCAGCACAGCCAGCACAAGCUCUACUACCAAAAGAGCCUCCACUACCAGCACAGCCUCUACUACCAGUACUACCGUAACAUCUACUGCUACCACCAAAACAGCCUCUACUACCAGCACAGCCUCUACCACCGGCACAGCCGUAACAUCUACUACCAGCACCACCUCGACACCUGAAGAAUCAUAUACUAACCCUACUGCCCCACCAAGACCAUCAACCACUACUUCGAGCACAUCCACUACCAGCACAGCGUCUACCACCGAAACAGCCUCUACCAGCACAGCCUCUACUACCAGCACAGCCAGCACAAGCUCUACCACCAAAAGAGCCUCCACUACCAGCACAGCCUCUACUACCACCUCUACUACCACCACUACCAGCACAGCCUCUACCACCGGCACAGCCGUAACAUCUACUACCAGCACCACAUCGACACCUGAAGAAUCAUAUACUAACCCUACUGCCCCACCAAGACCAUCAACCACUACUUCGAGCCCAUCCACUACCAGCACUACCGUAACAUCUACUGCUACCACCAAAACAGCCUCUACUACCAGUACUACCGUAACAUCUACUGCUACCACCAAAACAGCCUCUACUACCAGCACUACCAGCACUACCAGCACUAACAGCACUACCAGCACAGCCUCUACCACCGGCACAGCCGUAACAUCUACUACCAGCACCACAUCGACACCUGAAGAAUCAUAUACUAACCCUACUGCCCCACCAAGACCAUCAACCACUACUUCGAGCCCAUCCACUACCAGCACAGCCUCUACUACCAGCACUACCGUAACAUCUACUGCUACAACCAAAACAGCCUCUACUACCAGCACAGCCUCUACUACCAGCACAGCCUCUACCACCGGCACAGCCGUAACAUCUACUACCAGCACCACAUCGACACCUGAAGAAUCAUAUACUAACCCUACUGCCCCACCAAGACCAUCAACCACUACUUCGAGCACAUCCACUACCAGCACAGCGUCUACCACCGAAACAGCCUCUACCAGCAUAGCCUCUACUACCAGCACAGCCUCUACUACCAGCACAGCCAGCACAAGCUCUACCACCAAAAGAGCCUCCACUACCAGCACAGCCUCUACUACCAGUACUACCGUAACAUCUACUGCUACCACCAAAACAGCCUCUACUACCAGCACUACCAGCACAGCCUCUACCACCGGCACAGCCGUAACAUCUACUACCAGCACCACAUCGACACCUGAAGAAUCAUAUACUAACCCUACUGCCCCACCAAGACCAUCAACCACUACUUCGAGCACAUCCACUACCAGCACAGCCUCUACUACCAGCACUACCGUAACAUCUACUGCUACCACCAAAACAGCCUCUACUACCAGCACUACCAGCACAGCCUCUACCACCGGCACAGCCGUAACAUCUACUACCAGCACCACAUCGACACCUGAAGAAUCAUAUACUAACCCUACUGCCCCACCAAGACCAUCAACCACUACUUCGAGCCCAUCCACUACCAGCACAGCCUCUACUACCAGCACAACCGUAACAUCUACUGCUACCACCAAAACAGCCUCUACUACCAGCACUACCGUAACAUCUACUGCUACCACCAAAACAGCCUCUACUACCAAAUCAUAUACUAACCCUACUGCCCCACCAAGACCAUCAACCACUACUUCGAGCACAUCCACUACCAGCACAGCGUCUACCACCGAAACAGCCUCUACCAGCACAGCCUCUACUACCAGCACUACCAGCACAGCCUCUACCACCGGCACAGCCGUAACAUCUACUACCAGCACCACAUCGACACCUGAAGAAUCAUAUACUAACCCUACUGCCCCACCAAGACCAUCAACCACUACUUCGAGCACAUCCACUACCAGCACAGCGUCUACCACCGAAACAGCCUCUACCAGCACAGCCUCUACUACCAGCACAGCCAGCACAAGCUCUACCACCAAAAGAGCCUCCACUACCAGCACAGCCUCUACUACCAGCACUACCGUAACAUCUACUGCUACCACCGAAACAGCCUCUACUACCAGCACUACCAGCACAGCCUCUACCACCGGCACAGCCGUAACAUCUACUACCAGCACCACAUCGACACCUGAAGAAUCAUAUACUAACCCUACUGCCCCACCAAGACCAUCAACCACUACUUCGAGCACAUCCACUACCAGCACAGCCUCUACUACCAGCACUACCGUAACAUCUACUGCUACCACCAAAACAGCCUCUACUACCAGCACUACCGUAACAUCUACUGCUACCACCAAAACAGCCUCUACUACCAAAUCAUAUACUAACCCUACUGCCCCACCAAGACCAUCAACCACUACUUCGAGCCCAUCCACUACCAGCACAGCCUCUACUACCAGCACUACCGUAACAUCUACUGCUACCACCGAAACAGCCUCUACUACCAGCACUACCAGCACAGCCUCUACCACCGGCACAGCCGUAACAUCUACUACCAGCACCACAUCGACACCUGAAGAAUCAUAUACUAACCCUACUGCCCCACCAAGACCAUCAACCACUACUUCGAGCACAUCCACUACCAGCACAGCCUCUACUACCAGCACUACCGUAACAUCUACUGCUACCACCAAAACAGCCUCUACUACCAGCACUACCGUAACAUCUACUGCUACCACCAAAACAGCCUCUACUACCAGCACAGCCGUAACAUCUACUGCUACCACCAAAACAGCCUCUACUACCAGCACUACCAGCACAGCCUCUACCACCGGCACAGCUGUAACAUCUACUACCAGCACCACAUCGACACCUGAAGAAUCAUAUACUAACCCUACUGCCCCACCAAGACCAUCAACCACUACGAGCCCAUCCACUACCAGCACAGCCUCUACUACCAGCACUACCGUAACAUCUACUGCUACCACCGAAACAGCCUCUACUACCAGCACUACCAGCACAGCCUCUACCACCGGCACAGCUGUAACAUCUACUACCAGCACCACAUCGACACCUGAAGAAUCAUAUACUAACCCUACGGCCCCACCAAGACCAUCAACCACUACUUCGAGCCCAUCCACUACCAGCACAGCGUCUACCACCGAAACAGCCUCUACCAGCACAGCCUCUACUACCAGCACAGCCAGCACAAGCUCUACUACCAAAAGAGCCUCCACUACCAGCACAGCCUCUACUACCAGUACUACUGUAACAUCUACUGCUACCACCAAAACAGCCUCUACUACCAGCACAGCCUCUACCACCGGCACAGCCGUAACAUCUACUACCAGCACCACCUCGACACCUGAAGAAUCAUAUACUAACCCUACUGCCCCACCAAGACCAUCAACCACUACUUCGAGCACAUCCACUACCAGCACAGCGUCUACCACCGAAACAGCCUCUACCAGCACAGCCUCUACUACCAGCACAGCCAGCACAAGCUCUACCACCAAAAGAGCCUCCACUACCAGCACAGCCUCUACUACCACCUCUACUACCACCACUACCAGCACAGCCUCUACCACCGGCACAGCCGUAACAUCUACUACCAGCACCACAUCGACACCUGAAGAAUCAUAUACUAACCCUACUGCCCCACCAAGACCAUCAACCACUACUUCGAGCCCAUCCACUACCAGCACUACCGUAACAUCUACUGCUACCACCAAAACAGCCUCUACUACCAGUACUACCGUAACAUCUACUGCUACCACCAAAACAGCCUCUACUACCAGCACUACCAGCACUACCAGCACUAACAGCACUACCAGCACAGCCUCUACCACCGGCACAGCCGUAACAUCUACUACCAGCACCACAUCGACACCUGAAGAAUCAUAUACUAACCCUACUGCCCCACCAAGACCAUCAACCACUACUUCGAGCCCAUCCACUACCAGCACAGCCUCUACUACCAGCACUACCAAUCAUAUACUAACCCUACUGCCCCCACCAAGACCAUCAACCACUACUUCGAGCACAUCCACUACCAGCACAGCGUCUACCACCGAAACAGCCUCUACCAGCAUAGCCUCUACUACCAGCACAGCCUCUACUACCAGCACAGCCAGCACAAGCUCUACCACCAAAAGAGCCUCCACUACCAGCACAGCCUCUACUACCAGUACUACCGUAACAUCUACUGCUACCACCAAAACAGCCUCUACUACCAGCACUACCAGCACAGCCUCUACCACCGGCACAGCCGUAACAUCUACUACCAGCACCACAUCGACACCUGAAGAAUCAUAUACUAACCCUACUGCCCCACCAAGACCAUCAACCACUACUUCGAGCACAUCCACUACCAGCACAGCCUCUACUACCAGCACUACCGUAACAUCUACUGCUACCACCAAAACAGCCUCUACUACCAGCACUACCAGCACAGCCUCUACCACCGGCACAGCCGUAACAUCUACUACCAGCACCACAUCGACACCUGAAGAAUCAUAUACUAACCCUACUGCCCCACCAAGACCAUCAACCACUACUUCGAGCCCAUCCACUACCAGCACAGCCUCUACUACCAGCACAACCGUAACAUCUACUGCUACCACCAAAACAGCCUCUACUACCAGCACUACCGUAACAUCUACUGCUACCACCAAAACAGCCUCUACUACCAAAUCAUAUACUAACCCUACUGCCCCACCAAGACCAUCAACCACUACUUCGAGCACAUCCACUACCAGCACAGCGUCUACCACCGAAACAGCCUCUACCAGCACAGCCUCUACUACCACCUCUACCACCGUCACAGCCGUAACAUCUACUACCAGCACCACAUCGACACCUGAAGAAUCAUAUACUAACCCUACUGCCCCACCAAGACCAUCAACCACUACUUCGAGCACAUCCACUACCAGCACAGCGUCUACCACCGAAACAGCCUCUACCAGCACAGCCUCUACUACCAGCACUACCAGCACAGCCUCUACCACCGGCACAGCCGUAACAUCUACUACCAGCACCACAUCGACACCUGAAGAAUCAUAUACUAACCCUACUGCCCCACCAAGACCAUCAACCACUACUUCGAGCCCAUCCACUACCAGCACUACCGUAACAUCUACUGCUACCACCAAAACAGCCUCUACUACCAGUACUACCGUAACAUCUACUGCUACCACCAAAACAGCCUCUACUACCAGCACUACCAGCACUACCAGCACUAACAGCACUACCAGCACAGCCUCUACCACCGGCACAGCCGUAACAUCUACUACCAGCACCACAUCGACACCUGAAGAAUCAUAUACUAACCCUACUGCCCCACCAAGACCAUCAACCACUACUUCGAGCCCAUCCACUACCAGCACAGCCUCUACUACCAGCACUACCGUAACAUCUACUGCUACAACCAAAACAGCCUCUACUACCAGCACAGCCUCUACUACCAGCACAGCCUCUACCACCGGCACAGCCGUAACAUCUACUACCAGCACCACAUCGACACCUGAAGAAUCAUAUACUAACCCUACUGCCCCACCAAGACCAUCAACCACUACUUCGAGCACAUCCACUACCAGCACAGCGUCUACCACCGAAACAGCCUCUACCAGCAUAGCCUCUACUACCAGCACAGCCAGCACAAGCUCUACCACCAAAAGAGCCUCCACUACCAGCACAGCCUCUACUACCACCUCUACUACCAGCACUACCAGCACAGCCUCUACCACCGGCACAGCCGUAACAUCUACUACCAGCACCACAUCGACACCUGAAGAAUCAUAUACUAACCCUACUGCCCCACCAAGACCAUCAACCACUACUUCGAGCCCAUCCACUACCAGCACUACCGUAACAUCUACUGCUACCACCAAAACAGCCUCUACUACCAGUACUACCGUAACAUCUACUGCUACCACCAAAACAGCCUCUACUACCAGCACUACCAGCACUACCAGCACUACCAGCACUAACAGCACUACCAGCACAGCCUCUACCACCGGCACAGCCGUAACAUCUACUACCAGCACCACAUCGACACCUGAAGAAUCAUAUACUAACCCUACUGCCCCACCAAGACCAUCAACCACUACUUCGAGCCCAUCCACUACCAGCACACCUCUACUAACCAGCACAGCCUCUACUACCAGCACAGCCUCUACCACCGGCACAGCCGUAACAUCUACUACCAGCACCACAUCGACACCUGAAGAAUCAUAUACUAACCCUACUGCCCCACCAAGACCAUCAACCACUACUUCGAGCACAUCCACUACCAGCACAGCGUCUACCACCGAAACAGCCUCUACCAGCAUAGCCUCUACUACCAGCACAGCCAGCACAAGCUCUACCACCAAAAGAGCCUCCACUACCAGCACAGCCUCUACUACCACCUCUACUACCAGCACUACCAGCACAGCCUCUACCACCGGCACAGCCGUAACAUCUACUACCAGCACCACAUCGACACCUGAAGAAUCAUAUACUAACCCUACUGCCCCACCAAGACCAUCAACCACUACUUCGAGCACAUCCACUACCAGCACAGCGUCUACCACCGAAACAGCCUCUACCAGCACAGCCUCUACUACCAGCACUACCAGCACAGCCUCUACCACCGGCACAGCCGUAACAUCUACUACCAGCACCACAUCGACACCUGAAGAAUCAUAUACUAACCCUACUGCCCCACCAAGACCAUCAACCACUACUUCGAGCCCAUCCACUACCAGCACAGCCUCUACUACCAGCACUACCGUAACAUCUACUGCUACCACCGAAACAGCCUCUACUACCAGCACUACCAGCACAGCCUCUACCACCGGCACAGCUGUAACAUCUACUACCAGCACCACAUCGACACCUGAAGAAUCAUAUACUAACCCUACUGCCCCACCAAGACCAUCAACCACUACUUCGAGCCCAUCCACUACCAGCACAGCGUCUACCACCAAAACAGCCUCUACCAGCACAGCCUCUACUACCAGCACAGCCAGCACAAGCUCUACCACCAAAAGAGCCUCCACUACCAGCACAGCCUCUACUACCAGUACUACCGUAACAUCUACUGUUACCACCAAAACAGCCUCGACCACCGGCACAGCCGUAACAUCUACUACCAGCACCACAUCGACACCUGAAGAAUCAUAUACUAACCCUACUGCCCCACCAAGACCAACCACUACUUCGAGCACAUCCACUACCAGCACAGCCUCUACUACCAGCACUACCGUAACAUCUACUGCUACCACCAAAACAGCCUCUACUACCAAAUCAUAUACUAACCCUACUGCCCCACCAAGACCAUCAACCACUACUUCGAGCACAUCCACUACCAGCACAGCCUCUACUACCAGAACUACCGUAACAUCUACUGCUACAACCAAAACAGCCUCUACUACCAGCACUACCAGCACAGCCUCUACCACCGGCACAGCCGUAACAUCUACCAGCACCACAUCGACACCUGAAGAAUCAUAUACUAACCCUACUGCCCCACCAAGACCAUCAACCACUACUUCGAGCACAUCCACUACCAGCACAGCGUCUACCACCGAAACAGCCUCUACCAGCACAGCCUCUACUACCAGCACAGCCAGCACAAGCUCUACCACCAAAAGAGCCUCCACUACCAGCACAGCCUCUACUACCAGUAUUACCGUAACAUCUACUGCUACCACCAAAACAGCCUCUACUACCAGCACAGCGUCUACCACCGAAACAGCCUCUACCACCGGCACAGCUGUAACAUCUACUACCAGCACCACAUCGACACCUGAAGAAUCAUAUACUAACCCUACUGCCCCACCAAGACCAUCAACCACUACUUCGAGCCCAUCCACUACCAGCACAGCGUCUACCACCGAAACAGCCUCUACCAGCACAGCCUCUACUACCAGCACAGCCAGCACAAGCUCUACCACCAAAAGAGCCUCCACUACCAGCACAGCCUCUACUACCAGUACUACCGUAACAUCUACUGCUACCACCAAAACAGCCUCUACUACCAGCACAGCCUCUACCACCGGCACAGCCGUAACAUCUACUACCAGCACCACAUCGACACCUGAAGAAUCAUAUACUAACCCUACUGCCCCACCAAGACCAUCAACCACUACUUCGAGCACAUCCACUACCAGCACAGCCUCUACUACCAGAACUACCGUAACAUCUACUGCUACAACCAAAACAGCCUCUACUACCAGCACUACCAGCACAGCCUCUACCACCGGCACAGCCGUAACAUCUACCAGCACCACAUCGACACCUGAAGAAUCAUAUACUAACCCUACUGCCCCACCAAGACCAUCAACCACUACUUCGAGCACAUCCACUACCAGCACAGCGUCUACCACCGAAACAGCCUCUACCAGCACAGCCUCUACUACCAGCACAGCCAGCACAAGCUCUACCACCAAAAGAGCCUCCACUACCAGCACAGCCUCUACUACCAGUAUUACCGUAACAUCUACUGCUACCACCAAAACAGCCUCUACUACCAGCACAGCGUCUACCACCGAAACAGCCUCUACCACCGGCACAGCUGUAACAUCUACUACCAGCACCACAUCGACACCUGAAGAAUCAUAUACUAACCCUACUGCCCCACCAAGACCAUCAACCACUACUUCGAGCCCAUCCACUACCAGCACAGCGUCUACCACCGAAACAGCCUCUACCAGCACAGCCUCUACUACCAGCACAGCCAGCACAAGCUCUACCACCAAAAGAGCCUCCACUACCAGCACAGCCUCUACUACCAGUACUACCGUAACAUCUACUGCUACCAUCAAAACAGCCUCUACUACCAGCACAGCCUCUACCACCGGCACAGCCGUAACAUCUACUACCAGCACCACAUCGACACCUGAAGAAUCAUAUACUAACCCUACUGCCCCACCAAGACCAUCAACCACUACUUCGAGCACAUCCACUACCAGCACAGCCUCUACUACCAGCACUACCGUAACAUCUACUGCUACCACCAAAACAGCCUCUACUACCAGCACUACCGUAACAUCUACUGCUACCACCAAAACAACCUCUACUACCAGCACAGCCGUAACAUCUACUACCAGCACCACAUCGACACCUGAAGAAUCAUAUACUAACCCUACUGCCCCACCAAGACCAUCAACCACUACUUCGAGCACAUCCACUACCAGCACAGCGUCUACCACCGAAACAGCCUCUACCAGCACAGCCUCUACUACCAGCACUACCAGCACAGCCUCUACCACCGGCACAGCCGUAACAUCUACUACCAGCACCACCAGCACAGCGUCUACCACCGAAACAGCCUCUACCAGCACAGCCUCUACUACCAGCACAGCCAGCACAAGCUCUACCACCAAAAGAGCCUCCACUACCAGCACAGCCUCUACUACCAGUACUACCGUAACAUCUACUGCUACCACCAAAACAGCCUCUACUACCAGCACAGCCUCUACCACCGGCACAGCCAGCACAAGCUCUACCACCAAAAGAGCCUCCACUACCAGCACAGCCUCUACUACCAGUAUUACCGUAACAUCUACUGCUACCACCAAAACAGCCUCUACUACCAGCACAGCGUCUACCACCGAAACAGCCUCUACCACCGGCACAGCUGUAACAUCUACUACCAGCACCACAUCGACACCUGAAGAAUCAUAUACUAACCCUACUGCCCCACCAAGACCAUCAACCACUACUUCGAGCCCAUCCACUACCAGCACAGCGUCUACCACCGAAACAGCCUCUACCAGCACAGCCUCUACUACCAGCACAGCCAGCACAAGCUCUACCACCAAAAGAGCCUCCACUACCAGCACAGCCUCUACUACCAGUACUACCGUAACAUCUACUGCUACCAUCAAAACAGCCUCUACUACCAGCACAGCCUCUACCACCGGCACAGCCGUAACAUCUACUACCAGCACCACAUCGACACCUGAAGAAUCAUAUACUAACCCUACUGCCCCACCAAGACCAUCAACCACUACUUCGAGCACAUCCACUACCAGCACAGCCUCUACUACCAGCACUACCGUAACAUCUACUGCUACCACCAAAACAGCCUCUACUACCAGCACUACCGUAACAUCUACUGCUACCACCAAAACAACCUCUACUACCAGCACAGCCGUAACAUCUACUACCAGCACCACAUCGACACCUGAAGAAUCAUAUACUAACCCUACUGCCCCACCAAGACCAUCAACCACUACUUCGAGCACAUCCACUACCAGCACAGCGUCUACCACCGAAACAGCCUCUACCAGCACAGCCUCUACUACCAGCACUACCAGCACAGCCUCUACCACCGGCACAGCCGUAACAUCUACUACCAGCACCACAUCGACACCUGAAGAAUCAUAUACUAACCCUACUGCCCCACCAAGACCAUCAACCACUACUUCGAGCCCAUCCACUACCAGCACAGCGUCUACCACCGAAACAGCCUCUACCAGCACAGCCUCUACUACCAGCACAGCCAGCACAAGCUCUACCACCAAAAGAGCCUCCACUACCAGCACAGCCUCUACUACCAAAUCAUAUACUAACCCUACUGCCCCACCAAGACCAUCAACCACUACUUCGAGCACAUCCACUACCAGCACAGCGUCUACCACCGAAACAGCCUCUACCAGCACAGCCUCUACUACCAGCACUACCAGCACAGCCUCUACCACCGGCACAGCCGUAACAUCUACUACCAGCACCACAUCGACACCUGAAGAAUCAUAUACUAACCCUACUGCCCCACCAAGACCAUCAACCACUACUUCGAGCCCAUCCACUACCAGCACAGCCUCUACUACCAGCACUACCGUAACAUCUACUGCUACCACCGAAACAGCCUCUACUACCAGCACUACCAGCACAGCCUCUACCACCGGCACAGCUGUAACAUCUACUACCAGCACCACAUCGACACCUGAAGAAUCAUAUACUAACCCUACUGCCCCACCAAGACCAUCAACCACUACUUCGAGCCCAUCCACUACCAGCACAGCGUCUACCACCGAAACAGCCUCUACCACCGGCACAGCUGUAACAUCUACUACCAGCACCACAUCGACACCUGAAGAAUCAUAUACUAACCCUACUGCCCCACCAAGACCAUCAACCACUACUUCGAGCCCAUCCACUACCAGCACAGCGUCUACCACCGAAACAGCCUCUACCAGCACAGCCUCUACUACCAGCACAGCCAGCACAAGCUCUACCACCAAAAGAGCCUCCACUACCAGCACAGCCUCUACUACCAGUACUACCGUAACAUCUACUGCUACCACCAAAACAGCCUCUACUACCAGCACAGCCUCUACCACCGGCACAGCCGUAACAUCUACUACCAGCACCACAUCGACACCUGAAGAAUCAUAUACUAACCCUACUGCCCCACCAAGACCAUCAACCACUACUUCGAGCACAUCCACUACCAGCACAGCCUCUACUACCAGCACUACCGUAACAUCUACUACCACCAAAACAGCCUCUACUACCAAAUCAUAUACUAACCCUACUGCCCCACCAAGACCAUCAACCACUACUUCGAGCACAUCCACUACCAGCACAGCGUCUACCACCGAAACAGCCUCUACCAGCACAGCCUCUACUACCAGCACUACCAGCACAGCCUCUACCACCGGCACAGCCGUAACAUCUACUACCAGCACCACAUCGACACCUGAAGAAUCAUAUACUAACCCUACUGCCCCACCAAGACCAUCAACCACUACUUCGAGCCCAUCCACUACCAGCACAGCCUCUACUACCAGCACUACCGUAACAUCUACUGCUACCACCGAAACAGCCUCUACUACCAGCACUACCAGCACAGCCUCUACCACCGGCACAGCUGUAACAUCUACUACCAGCACCACAUCGACACCUGAAGAAUCAUAUACUAACCCUACUGCCCCACCAAGACCAUCAACCACUACUUCGAGCCCAUCCACUACCAGCACAGCAGCCUCCACUACCAGCACAGCCUCUACUACCAGUACUACCGUAACAUCUACUGCUACCACCAAAACAGCCUCUACUACCAGCACAGCCUCUACUACCAGCACAGCCUCUACUACCAGCACAGCCUCUACUACCAGCACAGCCUCUACCACCGGCACAGCCGUAACAUCUACUACCAGCACCACCUCGACACCUGAAGAAUCAUAUACUAACCCUACUGCCCCACCAAGACCAUCAACCACUACUUCGAGCACAUCCACUACCAGCACAGCGUCUACCACCGAAACAGCCUCUACCAGCACAGCCUCUACUACCAGCACAGCCAGCACAAGCUCUACCACCAAAAGAGCCUCCACUACCAGCACAGCCUCCACUACCAGCACAGCCUCUACUACCACCUCUACUACCAGCACUACCAGCACAGCCUCUACCACCGGCACAGCCGUAACAUCUACUACCAGCACCACAUCGACACCUGAAGAAUCAUAUACUAACCCUACUGCCCCACCAAGACCAUCAACCACUACUUCGAGCCCAUCCACUACCAGCACUACCGUAACAUCUACUGCUACCACCAAAACAGCCUCUACUACCAGUACUACCGUAACAUCUACUGCUACCACCAAAACAGCCUCUACUACCAGCACUACCAGCACUACCAGCACUACCAGCACUACCAGCACUACCAGCACUAACAGCACUACCAGCACAGCCUCUACCACCGGCACAGCCGUAACAUCUACUACCAGCACCACAUCGACACCUGAAGAAUCAUAUACUAACCCUACUGCCCCACCAAGACCAUCAACCACUACUUCGAGCCCAUCCACUACCAGCACAGCCUCUACUACCAGCACUACCGUAACAUCUACUGCUACAACCAAAACAGCCUCUACUACCAGCACAGCCUCUACUACCAGCACAGCCUCUACCACCGGCACAGCCGUAACAUCUACUACCAGCACCACAUCGACACCUGAAGAAUCAUAUACUAACCCUACUGCCCCACCAAGACCAUCAACCACUACUUCGAGCACAUCCACUACCAGCACAGCGUCUACCACCGAAACAGCCUCUACCAGCAUAGCCUCUACUACCAGCACAGCCAGCACAAGCUCUACCACCAAAAGAGCCUCCACUACCAGCACAGCCUCUACUACCAGUACUACCGUAACAUCUACUGCUACCACCAAAACAGCCUCUACUACCAGCACAGCCUCUACUACCAGUACUACCGUAACAUCUACUGCUACCACCGAAACAGCCUCUACUACCAGCACUACCAGCACAGCCUCUACCACCGGCACAGCCGUAACAUCUACUACCAGCACCACAUCGACACCUGAAGAAUCAUAUACUAACCCUACUGCCCCACCAAGACCAUCAAGCACUACUUCGAGCACAUCCACUACCAGCACAGCGUCUACCACCGAAACAGCCUCUACCAGCACAGCCUCUACUACCACCAGCACAAGCUCUACCACCAAAAGAGCCUCCACUACCAGCACAGCCUCUACUACCAGUACUACCGUAACAUCUACUGUUACCACCAAAACAGCCUCUACUACCAGCACAGCCUCGACCACCGGCACAGCCGUAACAUCUACUACCAGCACCACAUCGACACCUGAAGAAUCAUAUACUAACCCUACUGCCCCACCAAGACCAUCAACCACUACUUCGAGCACAUCCACUACCAGCACAGCCUCUACUACCAGCACUACCGUAACAUCUACUGCUAGCACCAAAACAGCCUCUACUACCAGCACUACCAAUCAUAUACCAACCCUACUGCCCCACCAAGACCAUCAACCACUACUUCGAGCACAUCCACUACCAGCACAGCGUCUACCACCGAAACAGCCUCUACCAGCACAGCCUCUACUACCAGCACUACCAGCACAGCCUCUACCACCGGCACAGCCGUAA